GCGGGCGGCUGAAGCGCAACCUUCCAUCCUCCUCCUCCUUCUCCGCGCCCCGGUAGCGGAAACUCUUCCCUCGGCUUGGCGCUGUCGCCAUCUCAGGAGGAGGAGGAGGAGUGGUUGGGCAGGGGCAGCGGCUCUGCCUGGUCAGGCGGGGCGGGAAGCGGAAGGAGGGACAGCCGGCGCGGCCUCAACAAUGUCAGAAGGCGACAGUACUGGCGAGUCCAUUCAUGGCAAACCUUCAGUGGUCUAUAGAUUUUUCACCAGACUCGGACAGAUUUACCAGUCCUGGUUAGACAAAUCUACUCCUUAUACUGCAGUUCGAUGGGUCGUAACGCUGGGUUUAAGUUUUAUCUACAUGAUUAGAGUUUAUCUACUGCAGGGUUGGUACAUCGUGACAUAUGCCUUGGGCAUCUACCACCUAAAUCUUUUCAUAGCUUUCUUGUCGCCAAAGGUAGAUCCCUCUCUAAUGGAGGACUCAGAUGAGGGUCCUUCAUUACCUACAAAACAAAACGAGGAGUUCCGUCCCUUCAUUCGAAGGCUGCCAGAGUUCAAAUUCUGGCACUCUGCUACUAAAGGCAUCCUUGUCGCAAUGACUUGUACAUUCUUUGAGGCUUUCAACGUUCCAGUUUUUUGGCCGAUUCUGGUGAUGUACUUCAUUAUGCUUUUCUGUAUCACAAUGAAACGGCAAAUCAAGCAUAUGGUAAAAUAUCGAUAUAUACCCUUCACACAUGGCAAGAGGAAAUACAAAGGGAAGGAAGACGUGGGGAAGACCUUUGCGAGCUAGAAAUUAAACUCAGGCUGCUGACCAACUCCCUACAUUAUAAUUAAAAGACCAGUUUUGAGCCAUUGUAACAACGCCUCUUUCCUUCACGCUAAGUCAUCAGUAGCAGGGUGGUGACCAAGAAGUUUCAUUCCCCCCCCCCUUUCAGUUUAUUGAAGGUCAGGCUUUUUAUUAUCUUUUUUGCUUUAAGUAACGCAAGAGAAUACUGGCAUUUUGACCGUAUCAUCGUGUUAUUCUUUGGCUACAAGCUGCUACGUCCAAGGGCUGCCUCUCUCCCUCGUCCCCUUUUUGUUGCUGCACAACACGAGUCAUCCCGUGUUCUCAAAACAUGUGCAAAACAUCUCUUGGGAAGGGCACGCAGCUCUCGCAUAACCUUGGAAGGGCAAGAUUUGAUUGGCAAUUUCACAAGGGUUUUUUUUUGUACGCAUUUAACAAUAUGGGGAGUUGCAUGAAGGCAGAAUAUUCAUCUCAAGGCCUAUGGUUUAUAGCCUAGUAUGGAACAGGGGAGUUCCCACAACUGUAUUUAUUUAUUUUUGGGGGGGGCCUUUUGUGCGUGUCCAGUCCAGCGUGCAUCUUGUACGUUGCUGAAAUGCAGUGUGCAUUCAUAGAGGGAGGUGUGGGUGCUCACAGUAAUGUUUUCUGCUUUGUAAUGUCCCAGGUAUUAACUAGAGGCCUCUUUAGAAGUCCUCUGAUGUAAUAGGUGCCUCUGUGGCAUUACUUAGAGGGCAACUUGCAAAUUUUAAAAUAAGCCUACUCCAAAUUCUUGCUUUUCAAAGCAGAGGAGGAAUUAGUUGAUUAAGCUUUUAUGGUGGACAGGCUGAUUUCUUUCUGGCUUUCAUAAUGACUGAAUAUUAUUCUUAACAAUCAUGGCGUUUUUUUGCUGGAAGCCUGGAAUUAUAAAUAUAUAUAUAUAAAAUUAUGUGGAGAGUAUUUUGACACAUCAUCUUUGACAUUUCAAGUUUUUUAAAAGUUUUCUUCAAGCUAGUCCCCUUUCCAGGGCACUUCUAGACUGAGACAUUGUGGGCUUUAACACACCUUUAAAUUUUCUAUGGAGAAAAAUAUAGAAAUAAAUGAUCUGCAUGUAAACCUUUUUUGAUGUGAUACAGCUAUAAACAAUUUUAAUGAAUGACUUUAAAAUUCCAAACUUUAUUAAAAGACAGUGUCCCUUUUUUGGGUUCAGUAGUGUUUAUAAAAUCAAUAUAAGUAUUAAUGUUUCUUCCCGUUUCUCAAAACGUGAGAUUGAAUCCAAUGCUAGUCUUACUCAGAGUAGACUCCCUGAAAUUAAUAGACAUGACUAGAGUCCAUUUAUUUCACUGGAUCUACUCUGAGCAGGAUUAGCAAUGGAUACAGCCCAUCCUAUUUAAAUCUUGUAGAGUGAUGUAUUUGAACUCUAGCUGUAAAAACAGCUGCUCAUUAUACAAUUUAAAAGGAAAUUUACUCUGUAUGUGGCAGAGUUAAGAUAAAUGUGAAAUACACUGUGCCAUAUGAAUUGGAUUUCCUGCUUUUAAGCAGUAUGAGAAAAAAAACUGUGUUUUUUAGUUCCACAAGUAGCAGGGAAUGUUUUGCACUUCUAAACAAAAUAGCAUGAAACAAGUGACCAGACUGUGGAAGUAAAACUGCAAUUAAUGAUCCCAAUCCUUUACCACCCUCCAUAGAAGCAAGUCCUAUUGAAAUCAAUCAGGCUCAAUUACACAACAUUAAGGUUUUUUUUAAAAAAGAUACCGUGCUACAAAUUUGGACACAAGAACUCAGUUAACAAAUAUGGGUUGUCUCCAACACUAGUCAGAGUAGACCCACUGAAGUUAAUGAAUAUGACUAAGGUACCUUAAUUUCAGUGGGUCUACCCUGAGCAGAGGACUGAGUUCAAGAGAAUUUAUGAACAGAUUCAGGGGGGUUUUCAGUACGUGGUAUAGAGCAGGGCCAAGUAGAAAGGGUAGGAGGGUAGGCUGGCAAAUCAGAAGUGGAGCUUAAUUCAUGUUCUCUUCUGCAUCAGAUUUCAGGUGCGUUUUGCUGGGACUGAAUGUGGCAAUAUAGAAAGGCAGGACAGACAUACACCCCUCCCUCUUUCAUACUAUGUGUUGCAUAUUCCUCCUAGCUGGUGGCUGCAUGUGCAGCGUGUACCAUGUAUUCCUUAUGGCAGGGCAGGGGAGCCAGCCCCCCUCCCAGCUGCUGUUGGUCUAUACCUCCCAUCAUCCCUGACUAUUGGCCGCGUGGACCAGGGCUAAUGGGAGUUGGAGGGCACCACCUUUAUGCCUCCAAUACAAGAUGAUUCACAUCUUUGCCAAACUGAAUUUCUGGCAGCCUUUCCAGUACUCAGAUGCAUCUAGAUAUACCAUAGGUGGCCUGCUUCUGCAUUAUAUAUAUAUAUAUAUUAAAAAACUGACCAGCAUUGGGAAUUUUGCCAGAGUCACCCUGAAGUUCAAAAUUAAGAUGCCUUAGAGCCUUUGAGUGGUAACAUGUUCUACUUAUCCCAUUAAAUGAACCGUUUCCCAUAAGCAGCAGGUCCAGCAGUUGCCCACAGCACUUGAAACGGUUAUUAUAUGGGGAGAUUCUCCAGGUUUGCUCUACAAACAAAGAGGAUAAACGCCAAGGGUUUGUUUUGUAAGAUGACAGGUUCAUUAUCUCCUUGUACAGGCAGUGCAAUUCAAGUGUUUGGCUGCUCCAUUUUAGCAACUGAAUAUCAAAAUAAAGUCUUACACUUGGUCAAAA